AGGUACUUUCGCUUAAUUGAAGGAGCGAGGGUGUGGGAAAGGCGUCCGGGGAAGUGAGAGCGUCACAUCGGUGCUCCCUCACUUUCCAUCUCCGCAGCCAAUGGCAGCAAUGGGACAGGGGCCAGACUGCCUGUGAUUUGCUUUUGCAAGAUUCCAACGCGAUUUGCAAAAAUAUUCUAACAUUUAUGGAAAAAAUAACCUCCCGGAGGGAAGCCCGGCCCCACUAGUACCACCCACCCCGGGCUGGAGCGAGGAGUUUCCCUUAACUAGGUCGCUGGGAGGCGGCUGUGAAAGUUCCAAUAAACAGACCCCGGGGGAAGGAGGGAGUCGAGCUGAGCCGAUCUAAUCCGAACCGAAAGAGAGAGGGAGGGAGGGGUGCAAAAUUGUAGUCUUUGCAUUUUGCACUCGCUGGCAGUUUGCAACUCUCUCUCUCUCUCCCAAGCCUAGAAGUUGCAAGGGGUUGGAGAAGGCGAAAAGUUUGUGAAGCUCGCCCGAGAUGGGAGAAGACGGAGUGCAAGCGGAAAAAAGCACCGAGGCCGUACAGGGAGGCCCGGAGCCCAGCCCGCCGUCCAGCCCGAGCCAGGGCUCCAGCGUGUCUCCGAGCCCGGCUCCCGGCUCUGUGCCGGCUGAGGCGCUGCGGGAAGGCUCGCAGGUUAACGCCAUCACCGUGCUGGCGCUGCUAGACAAACUGGUCAACAUGUUGGACACGGUGCAGGACAACCAGAGGAAGAUGGAGCAGAGGCAGAUCGGAGUGGAGAGUUCGGUGCGGGGCAUCCAGAGCGACCUGACCAAGCUGUCCAAGAGUCACAGUACCACCAGCAACACGGUGAACAAGUUGCUGGACAAGUCGCGCAAAGUGAGCGCCAAUGUCAAAGAGAUGCGGGAGCGCCUGGACAAGCAGACGGGGCAGGUGAAGAAGUUGGAGAACAACCAGGCGCAGCUCCUGAAGAAGAACAACUUCCGAGUGCUGAUCUUCCAGGAUGAAGCGGAGAUACCAGCCAGCGUUUUUGAAAAGCCGAAAGUAGACACGGCAGAGGAAGAAGGUGCAGACGAGAACAAAGGUGUGGAAGUUUCGCAUCCGUCCCUGGAGCUCUCCUCAGAUGAAGACAUCCAUGACCUGGAGGACAAUGAGGAAUUGCACGAUGAGGAAAAGUCAGAGAAGCUGGAGCAAUCCAGGGCUGCAAAAAUCAAGAGGUCAAGUCUGAAGAAAGUUGACAGCAUCAAGAAGGCAUUCUCCCGUGAGAAUAUUGAGAAAAGGAUGAAUAAAUUUGGCACCAAGAUUGUGUCUCCAGAGAGACGAGAGAAGAUUAAGAAGUCGCUCAGCCCAAAUCAACAGAAGUCCCAGUCGGGUAAGUCCUCCAGCUUUAAAGUAACGCCCAUGACUUUCAAGGUCAAAAAGUCUAAGAAUGGGGAGACUCCUCCACAAAGCCCCAGCGACGCGGUGGUCACAUUGGAAGCAGAUGCAUCAGGUCCCACUGAAGGCGAUCUGCAUCCCGAGGUGCACUUAGAAAUUUCUCCUGGCACGUUAGCAGAGGACGUUAAAGAGGUGGCGGAGAAGGCAGAAGAGGAAAUGAGAGAGGUGGAACUUGAGAUGGAAAGCAGUAAGAACCGAGGUGUUGUGAUGAAGGCGGAAAGCACAGAGGAGCCUGAGAUCCUGUUGGAGACCCUCCCUGAUGAAGACCAACAAGAAGGCAGAGCAAGACAACCAGCAAUGAAUAUCGAGCUGCACAUUGAGGAACCAGAUGAACCUGCUGUUUUGCAAAUACAGCAAACAGCUUAAAUGUUCCCCGCCUACCUUGCCAAUCCCUGGAGCGUUGCCCAAUGAACCUCCCUUCAUUUACAAAUAUUGUGCUUGUGAUAGUUAUUAUUAGCUAAUGUAACUCCACGGGAAGUUCACAGCUUGGCUAGAGGGACAGGAGGAUGUUGAAAGAGGGAUGGUGAAAGGUUAAAGAUAGAACAUUAUAGUGGGAUAUGAAGAAACAGCAGCGGGAUAUGUUUAUAACAGUUGUAUAACUGGUGAUGAUACACAAGUGGCUUUGGAACCCUCACAACAUUGAUUGUGUUGCUUGGGUUAUAUAUUUUCAGGUAUGAAUGAAAGCUGUAGAACUUUUAUAUUAAUUAUUUGAAAUGUAUCUGUUUCAUACAUCCAAAUGCUCUUUUUAAAUCAUUAUCUGUAAACUAUGUACAUGUCAAUUCCCUAACAAAAACAAAAGAGUCCAUAAAAUUAAUGAAGGAAACUUUGACUAAAAAGGAAGUGUGCUGCACCUCCACUCCCUGAGCAGAUUUAACAGUUCAGCUACGCUGGUGCCAAAUGGUAUCAUUUCACGGCUUUGUAACCAGGAUGAUUUUUAGCUUCCUUCACCUUUUAUUGCUGAUUAAGGCAAAGGUUUAUGAAAUGAAUUACCACAAUAACUGUACUUUCUAAUUAUCUUCACAUGCAAUAUAUUGCUUGGUGAACACUCUUUUUGUUCUUCUAUUUGUAUUAAGCAAAAUUAAAGCCAAAAAAAUGAUUAUAAUUGUAGCCAAGCUUGAAAAGUAAAUAAAAAGAAUUGAAAGUGGA